AUGGGAACAGAUAACCAGACUUGGGUGAGAGAAUUUAUUCUCCUUGGUCUGUCCAGUGACUGGACCAUCCAGGUGUCUCUUUUCAUCUUGUUCUUCACCACAUACUUGAUAACAGUGCUGGGAAACUUUCUUAUUGUUCUUCUGAUCAGACAGGACAGUCGACUCCACACUCCCAUGUAUUUCUUCCUCACAAAUCUCUCCCUAGUUGAUGUAUUUUAUGCCACAACCAUCGUUCCUCAGAUGUUGGCACAUUUUCUUGCAGAACAUAAAGGAAUCCCAGUCGUGAGCUGUGCAGCACAGUUAUUUUUCUCCUUGGGCUUGGGUGGGAUUGAGUUUGUUCUUCUGGCAGUGAUGGCCUAUGACCGCUACGUGGCUGUGUGCAACCCCCUGAGGUACUCAGUCAUCAUGCACGCAGGGCUCUGCUCUAGGUUGGCCAUCACUUCCUGGGUCAGUGGCUCUGUCAACUCUCUGAUGCAAACUGUCAUCACUUUUCAGCUGCCCAUGUGUUCAAACAAGUUUAUUGAUCAUAUAUCCUGUGAACUUCUAGUGGUGGUCAGACUGGCUUGUGUGGAUACCUCCUCAAAUGAGGUUGCCAUCAUGGUUUCCAGCAUCAUCCUACUGAUGACACCUUUCUGCCUGGUCCUCUUGUCUUAUGUGCAGAUCAUCUCCACUAUCUUAAAAAUCCGGUCCACAGAAGGAAGGAAGAAAGCCUUCCAUACCUGUGCCUCUCACCUCACUGUGGUUGGUCUGUGCUAUGGCAUGGCCAUUGUUACUUAUAUCCAGCCCAAUUCCAGCCCAUCUGUACUUCAAGAGAAGUUGAUCUCACUUUUCUACGCCAUUUUGACACCAAUGUUAAACCCCAUGAUUUACAGCCUAAGGAAUAAAGAGGUGAAGGGAGCCUGGCAGAAACUAUUGGGACAAUUAUAUGGAUUAAGUUCUAAAGUCGUGACGUGA